ACUUGAAAGCAAUGGCUGAAUAUACUUCCCGUCAGGUUGGCGCUCCCAACACCCUCGACUACCGUGUCUACUUUGAAAAGGAUGGCGUUCCCGUCUCGCCCUUCCACGACAUUCCUCUUUUCGCUAAUGAGGAAAAGACCGUUUUGAACAUGGUUGUUGAAAUUCCUCGUUGGACCAACGCCAAGUUGGAGAUCAGCAAGGAGGACGAGUUUAACCCUAUCAAGCAGGACACCAAGAAGGGCAAGCUUCGAUUCGUCCGCAACUGCUUCCCCCACAAGGGCUACAUCUGGAACUAUGGUGCUUUCCCUCAGACCUGGGAAGACCCCAACCAGCAACAUCCCGAAACCAAGGCUCGCGGUGAUGACGAUCCCAUUGACGUUAUCGAAAUCGGUGAGCAAGUUGCCACCGUUGGCCAGAUCAAGCAGGUCAAGAUCCUUGGUGUCAUGGCUCUCUUGGACGAGGGUGAGACUGACUGGAAGGUCCUUGCCAUUGAUGUCAACGAUCCUCUUGCCCCUAGACUCAACGAUAUUGAGGAUGUUGAGAAGCAGUUGCCUGGUCUUAUCCGUGCCACCAACGAGUGGUUCCGCAUCUACAAAAUCCCUGACGGAAAGCCCGAGAACGUCUUUGCUUUCAGCGGCGAGGCCAAGAACAAGAAAUACGCCACUGAUGUUGUUUUGGAGACCCACGAAGCCUGGAAAAACUUGAUUAACGGCACCUCCGAAAAGAAGGAAAUCAAGGCCACCAACGUCUCUGUUGAGGACUCUCCCUUCAAGGUUGAUGCUGACGCCGAGGUUUGCACCAGCAUCCCUGCUACCGACGUUCAGGCUCCUGCUCCUAUUGAUCCCUCCAUCGACAAGUGGUUCUUUAUCAGUGCCCACAGCUUGUAAAUAACCUAAUCGUUUUUUUCAAAACGUACUAGAACACACACACAUUCGCCCUGCACGCUAUCACCACAGCCAUGACCACCAUAUUCUACAUCUCUACACAUUUCAAAACAUCAAUCAUGUUGUUUGUUCUAAAAAAAUAAAAAUGAGACAGUGACUCAGCAUUAUAUCUAUUCUUUACAUCA